AUGAAUGCCAUAGGCACUUACGUCCCUCCUGCUCUUAUUUAUCCUCGUCAAAGGAUGAAUGAGGAACUAAUGAACGGUGCUCCCGCUGGUAGCAUAGCUUUUACGCAAGAAAAAGGUUGGAUGACCAGUGAAAUUUUUUGUAAAUGGCUAAAGCAUUUCGUAAGAUAUACGAAAGCGUCUAAUGAGAAUAAAACUCUUUUACUUCUUGAUGGUCACAGUAGUCAUAAAAGUCUUGAAUCUCUACAAAUUGCAAAAGAAAAUGGUGUUAUUGUGUUUUGUUUUCCUGCACACUGUUCUCAUCACGUUCAACCUUUGGAUGUUGGAUUUUUUCGUCCACUUCAUACCUACUUUGAUCAAGAAAUCCAGUUAUGGCUGCGUCAAAACCCGGGAAAAGCAGUAACCCAAUUCAAAAUAGCAGGUCUUCUAAACCAAGCCCAUUUAAAAAGUGCAGUCCCAUCAAAUGCGAUAAAUUCGUUCAAGAAGACGGGCAUCCAUCCUUUUAACCCCCAUGUUUUUGAGGACUGGCAGCUUGCACCAGCUCUAGCAACAGAUAAGCAGAUGUCCGAAACUCGAGGCGAUAUCAACGAAAACCAAAUGGAAUUAGACAUUCAAGACCAACCAAGUACAUCUUGUCAUAACUUGUCUUCAUCAUCAGUUCUCGACAUCUCGGUAAAAGAAAUUUUGCCCCCACCACAAGCAAUAGCCAUUGGUGCUGAUAAGGAAGCAAGAGAAGGCGUGGAAAAACUGGCCAUUUAA